AUGAAGGCCGCGUAUGAUGCUGGAAUCAACUUCUUCGACUGUGCAGAGGGAUAUGCGGAUGGCAAGUCUGAGAUCGUCAUGGGGAAAGCAAUCAAGCAUUUCGGCUGGAAGCGCAAUGACCUCGUCAUUUCGACAAAGAUCUACUGGGGUCAGGCCUACGGUGACAACAUCGUCAACAAUCAAGGUCUUUCGCGAAAGCAUAUCGUUGAAGGUGUCGCCGGGUCACUCAAAAGACUGCAGCUGGACUAUGUGGACUUGAUCUACUGCCAUCGCCCCGACAGACACACUCCGAUCGAAGAGACAGUCCGAGCUAUGAACCACAUCAUCGACACCGGAAAGGCGUUCUACUGGGGCACAAGUGAGUGGAACAGCGAGGAAAUCGCAAUGGCCUGGGCGGCGGCUGAGAGACUUGGCCUCAUUGGACCGGUGAUGGAGCAGCCAGAGUACAGCAUGAUUUCUCGUGAUCGUGUCGAGCGGGAAUACGCUCUUCUCUACGAGAAGUAUGGACUCGGCCUCACUAUCUUCAGUCCCUUGAAGCAGGGUAUUCUGACUGGCAAAUACAAUGACGGUAUUCCGGAAGACAGCAGAAUUGCAAAAGCCGCCGAUGGGUAUACAACAAGCCAAAGGAAGAGCUAUGGAGACGAGAAGUGGCAGAAGACGAUAGCCCAGGUCAAGAAGCUGAAGCCGGUGGCAGAGAAGCUGGGUACAGAUCAAGCAACUCUGGCAUUGGCUUGGGUCUUGAAGAAUCCCAAUGUGAGCUCGGCUAUUACCGGUGCCUCAAAGAUCGAGCAAAUCCAAAGAUCUGUCAAGGCGUUGGACCUGAUAGGCAAGUUGGAUGACACGGUCAUGGCUGAGAUUGAUACAAUCCUGGACAACAAGCCUACACUACCCUACAGGCGGUUGUAG